CCUCACGCAUUCACUACCUGAGGCUACCAGUUCUGCUUCUCCGCAUCCAAACUGGCUUUCUGCUAAGAUCCGCUCCAGGGAGAAGCUGAGUGUAAAUCGCGACUGCAGUGUUUCUGGUAGGACGUGGAAAUUUGCCAUUUCAGCCGAUGGGGAUCCGUUAUUGGAGCGGCAGAAGCGGGUUGCGCUUUCACUGACAAGUAGGGAUUCAGGAAUUUCUUUAAAGCUUCAGCGUUUUCUGCUCCUAUUCCGUCCGGCGCGAUCAACAUCACCAUAGAUCCCCCAGUAGUUUAAAGCCCGACAUAUUCCCAGUAGUUUAGAGAGCCCGACAUUGGUGCCAUUGCCUCGGACGGCGAAGCCGAAGGAAACGGUGUCAUUCAUUAUCAACCGAAAGUGCCGAUGAGUUCCCGCUGAUACGGCUUCCUGCAUUAUGCUGCAUUGCGAAACGUGAAACCGUAUCCCAUUGUAAGCGCAUUGCAUCCUAAGAUCAGAGUUUAUUCCCUAUAUUCCUCUAUGGAAUCCGCCUUAAAAGUCCAUUUUCACACUAUUUAAGCUGACAGGAGCCUCUAGUCCGCCGGUAGGAGCCGCGGGCCACGUAGCGACAGCAUUGUCACUUGUAGAUGCAUCCGGCUGUCCCGCCUUUCCCGCCUUUCCCGCUGAUCCAUAACAUUUUCCCUUUCUCUCGCGACUCAGCAGCGAGUGCAGCGUCAGGGACGGGAGGGCCAGCGGAUCCCUACCCUCAUCACCAGCAGCUGCCGUGGAAACAGCGAAUUUGGUGACCACCAGCCGCAGCAGCAGCAGCAGCAGCAAUAGCAGCAAAAGCAGGAGCAGCGGCAACAGAAUCACCAGCGCAGUAGCGAUUGUAGCACAGCAACAACCACCACCACCACCACCAGUGGUAACCCUAACAUCAUGGUUCCAUCACCGGGGGAUCUGGACGAUGACGUGGCAUCCAUGCUCGUUAAUAUCACGGACAUGCACGACUUCAAGCACGAGGUGACUGUAGAGGAGGCGCUAACGCUGAACCAAGUGGAGAAGCGCGCGAGAGAGCAGGGCCGCGUCUGGUGGAGCUACGAGGCGAACAAAGGGCCGUACUGGUUCCUAGAAGAACCCCCCGCUAGUAUCACAGGCGUGCAUCUAAGAGCCAACCUCCAGGCGACGAUCCAGCAGGCGACGAACAACCUCCACCUGCACCUUCACCACCACUCCCCUUCCUCUUCCACCUCCACUCUCCCCUCCUCCUCCUCUUGCCCCGCGCCCUGCUCCGCCGGAGGAGGGCUGUCCGGAUCCGGGCUAUUCACUAACAUGGCGAUGCCCGCGGUGCUGAAGCGGCUAGUGCGGAAGGGCAUUCCGCCGCAUUUGCGGCCGCGCGUUUGGAAGGCGGUGUCUGGAGCGGCUAAGAAGGAGGCGGUGGCGCCUGACGAUUAUUAUUCGUCGCUGGUGGAGGAGACGAGUUGGCGCACGACGGACCAUACCCUGCAGAUCGACCACGAUCUGCACCGCACGUUCCCCAAGCACCCGCGCAUGGACACGCCAGAGAGUCUGGCGGCUCUGAGGCGCGUGCUCGUGGCUUAUUCCUUCCGGGACUCGCACGUGGGGUACUGCCAGGGCAUGAACUAUGUAGCGGCUUACCUGCUGCUGGUGAUGCGCAGCGAGGAGGACACGUUCUGGAUGCUGGCGACGCUGGUGGAGAACGUGCUGUACGACGACUGCUUCGCGGAGGACCUGUUUGGCGUGCACGUGGAGCAGCGGGUGCUCAAGGACCUGCUCAAGAAGAAACAGCCCAAGCUAGCGAGUCACCUGGACAAGGUUGGGUUUGAGCUCUCCCUCGUCACCACCGAGUGGUUCCUCUGUGUCUUCGCCAAGACAUUCCCCUCCGAGACGACUCUGCGUGUGUGGGACGUGCUGUUUAACGAGGGUGCCAAAGUCCUCUUCAGGGUCGCCCUCGCUCUCUUCAAGAUGAACGAGGCUGAGCUGAUGACGGCGCAGCAUCUGGGGGAUGUGGUGGAGGUGCUCAACCGAGCCAGCAGCCGACAGUUCGACCCGGACAUCCUGCUGCAGGUGGCGUUUGACCGCCUGGGAACCAUGUCCAUGUCGACCAUUCUGAAGCAGCGCAAGCGGCAGAAGAACGCAGUGGUCGCAGCACUGGAGGUGCGGCAGCAGCAGCUCAACGCGUACACCAGCUCACACGGCAGCAGCGGCAGCAGCCGCAGCCAGGAGAACAGAGAGAGGGACAGCAGGGAGAGCAGGGAGAGCAGGGAAGGCACCAGCACAAGCAUGGGGGGUAGCAGCAGCAGCAGCAGCAGCGGCAGCGGCAGCAGAGAAACUGAUGCUGCGAAUGGCGGUAGGGGUGAUGGCAGUGGUUCGAGGUUUAAGGAGAGCAGCAGUGUGAGUGGGGUGAGUGCAGUGUGUGUGAGUGUGAGUGAGCGGCUGGAGAGUAGUGAGGGAGAGGCACUGCAAACCGAUGAGGGGGAAACUAUUCGAGCGCAUAGCUUUUCAGGCGCGUUCGCUGAAGGGAAGGGGACUGGGGAGGAGCCGCGUGAGGGGGACGAGAGAGGGAUGGAGAAUAGGCAAGCAUGUGGUGGGGGGAGUGAAGGUGCUCAUACAUCCACAUCCAACAUUGACAAGGCCACUGAUGCAUCUUCUGCUGCCGCGGGAACCGUUGAUUUUAUCUCUGUCCCGGAGCGCGGCCCUCGUAGAAACUUCCGCAGCGCAUCCACGUCUGUUGUCUUCUCCUCUUCCUCCUCCAUGAAUAGUGCCUCCACCAACCAUCGAACACUCCCUGCAGGGGCUCUGUUCCGCGACGCUAGUGCUGCUUGUGGCAGCAGAAACAGCCGCGGCAGAGGGGCUUUGGGGGGAGCUCUGAAAGGGGGGGUCGCCGGGGGUGGGGAAGGGUGGGGGGGAGUUUUGGAGGAGGCGGAGAGGAGAGGGGGGGAGGAGAGAGGGGGGAGGCAAUGGGGGGAGGAAGGGUUCACCCCGCCGCAAGGCCUACCCCCUCGCAUAGCCUCACACCUGAAUCUGAACCUGAACUCGAUGUCUGUUGCUCGUAUGCAUGCUGCGGCUGAAGCGGCUCUUUCUGCGUUCUCUGCUGCUUCAGAAGUGUCUUCUGUGGCGGCAGCGUCUGUGUCGCUGGCCAUGGGAUCGAGAGAGGCUGAGAACGCGCUCACACGUACCAACUCCCUAUGAGUUGCUUCCAUGCCCGUCCACGCCCUUCCACACCCUUCCACACCCUUCCACGCCCUUCCACAUCCUUCCACGCCCUUCGACACCCUUUCACGCCCUUCCACACACUCUAGUGGCUAGAUAGCUGCCUUGCACUGUGAGAGAUGCGGAUUCUCGUGUUUUGGAAGGCACCUCAGAACACACCUGUUCCUGUCCCCACAGGGUCACCACUGACUCGCUGCAGGGAGAUUGAGACCACUCUCAUACAGGCAAGACCCAAGUCCUUUCUGUUGGAUGACUGCUUCGUAACCAUACGUGUGUGUGCCUCUGCUGGUUGCGACAGUUCUGUGUGUCUCUGGAGGUUGUGUAGGGGAGAGAGGGUGAAGGUGAGGGUGAGGCUGAAGCUGAGUGAAUGUGGGCCUAUUGAUUGGAGAGUCUCUCUGGCCCGAGACGCUUUCGUGGUUUGUUUUCGGGUGGAGUAUUUUGGUGGCGGACUCAGCAACAGUCCUCUGUUCUCUGCUGUUGUCUUUUCUCGUCCACACUGUGAGAAGGCUGUGCGAGUGUGCCGUCUUCUGCGAAGGGUGAAUGGAUUGUUGCCGUGUACCCGCACCUCAUCUCCCACUGUCUUGACCAGCAAUUUCGUAUUACAUGUCUCACUCACUCAUGUAGGGCCAUCACCCACUUCUCUCUUGCUCUCCCCUCUCUCUUUCUCCCCCGUCACUACUCCUUGUUCCAUCUUUCACCUAUACGUGUAAUCACAACCCCGCUGCAGCUCUUUGGUACGAAGCGGGUUGGGUAGUGAAUCAUAUACGAGUCUUGAGUUGUAGUUGUGAACCAAUUUAUGUCAUGUACGCUUGCGAAAUGACACGGUGCCACUCGAGAUAUCUGCUUUAAGUCCUGAGUGUCCUCCCUCUAACAUGGGAGGAUGAGAUUGGCG